CUGUCGAGAAGCAUUUUUGUUUGAGCUCAAGUUGUUGAUCGAAAGUGUCCCUGCUUAAUUGCAUUGUAAAAAUGGAAACCCUGGUUAAGUACAUGUGCGUUCUCUCGUUUCUUGUGAGUAUGACCAUUGCAGGGCUCAACGGAGUCGAGGGAACCGGUUACUAUUACGGUCCGUGUGGGAAACAUGACAUCGAGAAGGAGGCUGAGAAGUUGGAACCAUGUGCAUACGCAGCACAGCAUCGGAGAGCCCCGGUUUCCGAGCAUUGCUGCACCGUAAUGGAGAAAAAGGUCAAGAAUCCAGCCUGCCUUUGCGCUCUUCUGUUUUCUCAAACAGCAUACAAUGCCGGAGUGGGGCCGGAAAUUGCAGUGACCAUUCCAAAACGCUGCGACAUUGCCGACCGCCCUGUUGGUUACAAGUGUGGAGCUUUCACUCUACUUUAACUCUGAAGACUCGUAUCGGCAGUAUUAGUUUAUGUUAAACAACAUCUGCACCUGUAUGUUUCAAUAAUAAG